AUGAUAGAGGUUAGCAAUCCGGGUUCUUACACUAAAUUAGAAGUAAAAUAUGACAAUAGUAUGCUUUAUGUUUUUAUGUCAUUAAAUGUGUCAAUAAGAGGAUGGGAAUUUUGCAUUCCCGUAUUUGCAGUUGAUGGCACAUUCCUUACUUCGGCAUAUGGAGGAUCACUUUUAAAGGCAUGUGCACAAGACGGAAACAGUAAGAUAUUUCCUUUAGCAUUUUCCAUAGUUGACUGUGAAAACGAUGAAUCAUGGGAAUGGUUUAUGAAGAGGAUUAGAGAUGCCUUUGGAGUGAGAAGCGACAUGUGUAUGAUAUCUGACAGACACAAAAGCAUCAAGAAUGCAGCCAAUUCUAGUUUUCCAGAAUUAGCUCAUGCCUUAUGUACAUUUCAUUUGUUCAACAAUAUAAAAAAGAACUUCAAUAAGUCGAAAAAAGAGCUUCGGAAAGCAUUUUAUAAAGCAACAAAAGCUUAUACAACUGAGGCAUUUGACACCUACAUGAAGCAAAUUAACAGUAUGUGUAGCAGUUUAAAGCCAUAUCUAGAAUCUGUUGGAUACAAGAAAUGGGCAAGAUCACAUUGCGAGAAUAACCUUCACAAAACAUUGACAACAAACAUAGUGGAAUCAAUGAAUUCAAGAAUAAAAGUAGGUAAGGAUCUCCUUAUCACUACACUAUUUGAGUACCUACGAACAAUGGUGCAAGAUUGGAGCUUUACAAACAGAAAUUUGGCAAAACAAACAUUCACUGCCUUAUCAAAAAGAGUAGAAGACAUAUUGCAUGAAAAUUAUAUUCUCUCUCUAAAAUUAGUGCAUAUAACAAAGUUUAUUGUUGAUCUCAAAGAAAGAACAUGCACAUGCAGAAGUUUCCAAAUUGAUGAAGUUCCUUGCCCACAUGCAAUGGCGAUACUCAAAGAAUUAUAUCAAGAUCCUUAUAAAUUUUGUUCAACUUAUUACACAAAAGAAACAAUACUCAAGGCUUAUGUUGAAACAAUUUAUACGAUGCCAGAUAAGAGUCUUUGGAAUGUGCCAGAAGCAGUAGCACAAAAGAUUGUCAAUCCAUCAGAAGGAAGAACAAAGUCGGGAAGACCUAAAAAGCAAAGAAUCAGCUCUCGUUUAGAAACAAAAGGCAUAACAAGUGCAGCAGAUGUCAUGUUUAUGGACAUAAUGUGA